UUUUGGACGUUUUGUCUAUUCUUGAUUUUGUCAUUAACUAUCUUUAAUUGUUUAGGAGAUUUUAAAUUUUUAUUUUACAAAUGCUUGAGUCUCUUUUUUUCCUUGACUGUGUUUAAAGUCUUAACCCCGAUGUCCAACAUCGACUAACGAAAUUUCAGAAAUUUUUGAGAAAACUCGAAAUCCCGAUUUUUUAUGUCGGCAUGUUUCUUGAUGUACAUACAUAUGUACAAACUAUUUGUACUCUUGAAUUUUACGGCGUCUCUCUCUCUUUUUUUUCUGCUUUUACUGCGUCCCUUCCUCGCCAACUACAAUUUUAUAUAUUAUUUGCGUUCCACCACGGCUCUUUUUUCACAAAUUCUCUCUAUACGACCAUAAUAUAUUUGCUGCUUGGUCGCAUUUAACGCAGCAAUCGAUAUACUAUUUUACUUACUAGUAUCUAACAUUAUUUAGUCGUUUCCAACGAAAGCUUUAUGAAAAUAAAAUUAUUAUUUUAUUAAUUUAAAAAAAUUUUUAAAGAUUUAAAGUUUUUUGACAUAAAUACUAUAUAUUUAUUUUUUAAGUAACCAAAAAUUAGAGACAUGCCUUGGUCUAGAGAACAACGUUCAAGACUUAUUGCGGCCGUUAAGAACCAUGAAAUAUUGUGGAGAACUUCUCAAAACAAUCGUAACCAUCAGCAACUUAUGCGUGAAGCUUUAGAAAUAGUUCAUCAUCAAUUUGAGGGUGAUGGCUUUACAUUUGAUGAAGUUAAGCAGCAAUGGAGAAAUUUAAAAGAUAUUUUUUAUAAAAGAUAUGAAGUUAGUUUAAAAAGAGCACAAAGUGGAGAACAACCAAAUAAAGUUAAACCUUGUUGGGCACAUUUUGACGAACUUAAAUUUUUAUUGACAAAUCAACAAUGGGUAGAUCCGGAAUUUAAAGGGCGUCAUAGAAGGUGUUUGGCCUAUAAUAAUAGUAUUGAAUUUACUGAUUAUACUUUUGACUAUUCAAUUGACAAUGAAGGAAAUAAUAAUAAUUUAUUAAAAAUAAAAGAAGAAUUAAAAAAUACUGAGGAAGAAGAAGGAGGAGGGGAAGGGGGGUCUUCAAAUAAUUUAUCAACAACAAAUAUUUUAUAUAAUUUAACUACAACAAUUGUGGAAAAUAAAGAAUUUAAUAAUAAUAUUAAACAACAAAGUGAACAAAAAUAUUUAAAUAAAAGAAAAAGAAAAAAUAUUUUAAAUAAUACUGAUAAUUGUAUUGAACAAAAUAAUAAUAAUUUAAAUAAGCAACAAGAUAGAUUUAAAUAUUUUGGUUAG